AAAAAAAAAAAAAAAGAUGCUACAUAAAGAGUGAUCACCAGAAAAUCUUUUCUGAUCUUUAAAAGGACCACACAUCAUUAGCAAGGAUAGCUGACAUCCAGAGUAGAACCUAGAAUAAGGAAGUGAGAAAAGGAAAAGCAAGGCAGGUUGGCUCGGACGAGACGAGAGUGGACACCCUGAAUCCGAUGCAUUACAAUAUCACCAAAACGGCGUGUGAGAUCAUGCCGAUAGUGAUGGUGCCGCUCUUGCUUCUCGUGGGCUUCCUUUUCCUCGUAUGGAAUUAUGAAGAAACCUCCUCAAUACCAGGGCCUGGCUACUGUAUGGGAAUUGGCCCCCUCAUCUCUUAUGGGAGAUUCCUUUGGAUGGGAAUAGGUAGUGCCUGCAACUACUACAACCGGAUGUACGGUGAAUUUAUGAGAGUCUGGAUCAACGGCGAAGAGACCCUGAUUAUCAGCAAAUCUUCAAGCAUGGUCCACGUAAUGAAACAUAGUCAUUACAUCUCUAGAUUUGGGAGCAAGCAUGGGCUGAAGUGCAUUGGCAUGCAUGAAAAUGGCAUCAUAUUUAAUAACAACCCAGCUCUCUGGAAAAAAAUCCGACCCUUCUUCACCAAAGCUCUCUCAGGUCCAUGUCUUGCUCGAAUGGUAUCCAUUUGCGUGGAAUCGACCGCAGAACACCUGGGCCAGCUGAAGAAGAUAGCCACCGAGUUUGGAUAUGUCAACAGCUUGAAUCUGAUGAGGUGCAUCAUGCUGGACACGUCCAACAAACUUUUCCUGGGGAUCCCUCUCGAUGAAAAUGCCAUUGUGCUGAAGAUCCAGGACUACUUCAAUGCGUGGCAAGCGCUUCUCCUGAAACCUGACAUCUUCUUCAAGAUUUCGUGGCUGUACAAAAAAUACGAGAAUUCCGCGAAGGAACUGAAAGAAGCCAUCGAAAUCUUAAUAGAGCAGAAACGGCAAAAGCUUUCCAAAGCUGAGAAACUGGACGGUCAAAUGGAUUUUGCAUCACAGCUGAUUUUUGCACAGAGCCAUGGGGAGCUCACGGGUGAGAACGUCAACCAGUGUAUCUUGGAGAUGCUGAUCGCUGCCCCAGAUACUCUCUCAGUAACUCUGUUCUUCAUGCUCGUGCUGAUUGCAGAACACCCUACAACCGAAAAGGCGAUGAUGAAGGAAAUACAGACUGUGGUCGGUGACAGGGAGAUCCAAAGUGAAGACCUACCCAGGCUGAAAGUGGUGGAAAGUUUUAUUCACGAGAGCAUGCGGUACCAGCCAGUGGUGGACUUGGUGAUGCGCAAAGCCUUGCGAGAUGAUGUAAUUGAUGGCUAUCCCGUGAAGAAAGGAACCAACAUUAUUCUGAACCUGGGCCGCAUGCACAGGCUUGAGUUCUUCCCAAAGCCCAACGAGUUCUCGCUGGAUAAUUUCAAUAAGAACGUCCCCUAUCGCUACUUCCAACCCUUUGGCUUUGGUCCCCGUGGCUGUGUUGGGAAGUUUAUUGCUAUGUUCAUGAUGAAAGCAAUCUUGGUGACUCUUCUCAAGAGGUGUAGCAUCCAUAUGCUCAAAGGCAAAGGUCUGAACAACAUCCCGAAGAACAACGAUUUGUCCUUGCACCCCAAUGAAAGGCAACCCUUGCUGGAGUUGUUUUUCACCCCACGAAGUCACACCAGCAAGAACCAGGAGAACCAAUAAAGCAGCCCUUGAAAUAUCAGGACAUGGAUGAGUUGAGCGACUCUGAUCCAAUGGAAAACUCCCUUCCAUCCCAGCUGCAUCCAUAAUCCACUCAACAAAAUAUUUUUGUUGGCUCAGAUAUAGUGCUGAUGGUGCCAGUGGCCAUUUGACAAGUUCUGAUUUCCAUCCAAGAUAGAGAAUUCCAUUCCUAAUAUGCCAAGAAAAACUGUUGCCAGUAAGUGAAUAAUCUUGCCCAGGACCUGCAAUUAUCUCCACAACUUCUCCUUUCAGGUGGCUCUGUGUGAUGUUCAUUCUACUCCGGUGAAAGCCUGGGAAAGUCCAUUUUGACAAGUCCACAGUGAGGGAGCUUGCCAGAUUGGGUGCUAGCAGCAGCUGGCUUUUAUCAGAGGGCUGACCUGGUUGUUGAGAUUGAAUUUAGGGUCAACCUUAGUUAGGUUGCAAAGAUCACGUUUUCGGGUGAACAGCCUCAAGCAGGACUGCAAAACCUCAGCCCUCCAGCUCUUCUUGGAUUAAAACUCCUGUCAUCUCCACCCUCCGUGGCCAACUGUUAAGGAUGAUGGGAGGAGGGCCAAAGUUGUCUAUCACUACUUUCUUUAAAGGGUGCAACUAGAGAAAUGAAAGCCUCG